AUGAGAUGGGGAAACACAUACCCAAGUGGAUUAACUAAAGUUCAAACAAAACAAAAUAAAUGUAUACGCUGCAUAUUUUUUAGCCAUAAGAGAGAAAGUAGUGCACCCUACCUCAAACUUCUAGAUAUACUUAACAUAGAUAGCAUUUUUAAACUCAAAAUCUCCUUGCUAGCUCACAAAAUCUCACAAAAUGAAGCCAAUAUCCCUGAAGUGUUUCAAAACUACCUCGUAAAGCUGUCUGAUAUUCACUCACACAAUACCAGAUAUGCCUCAAAUCUUAACUUUCAUGUACCACGUGUAAGGUCAAAUUACGGCAAACACACAUUUAAGUUUGCCAUAACCAAAACUUGGGAAGAGAUUCCUACUAAGAUAAAAACACUUAGCUACCAUAAGUUCAAAAAAGAAUAUAAGCGAAUUCUAGUUAACUCUCAAAGGUAA